AUGGCUGGUACCAUUCUUCUCACGGCUACUACUUACAGCUACCCACCGACCUAUGCUCUGAGCAUGUCAAGUAAAGAAGGAUUUUUAGGCGUGUCACUCAUCCUUAUUGCCAUAGGAACAGGGGGAAUCAAGGCCAACGUUUCUCCAAUGGGCGCAGAUCAAGUGAAGGAGCAAGGAGAACAAAUGGUGCAGAAAUUCUUUGACUGGUUUUACUGGUUUAUUCAAGUGGGCGGACUACUUGCUUUCACUAUUGUUGUGUACCUUCAACAGGAAGUGUCAUUUUUCUACGGUUAUCUAAUAACAGCGGUUUCAAUGACGUUUGCAACAAUUCUUCUCCUUAUUGGAAGAAAAAGCUACAAACUGUACCCUCCGGAGGGUAGUUACUUAACUGACUCGAUACUCAUCAUUGGCAAAGGCCUUAAGGAUAAAUUCUGCUGCAAAAAAUCUGUUUCCAGGAGCCACUGGCUUGAUGGGGCGAAGGCAACAAAGGGGGGAAAUUUCUCUGAGGAAAUGGUGGAAGGAGUAAAGUCAGUAGUCCAACUAUUGCCAAUCUUUUUAACUUUUAUUUUCUACUGGACAAUAUUUGGACAGGUAUUAGCAAUUUUUAUUUCCUUAAGUGCAUAAGUGACUUCGCUUGCAAGUGAGUUGAUUAGAACGAAAAGAAAAUAGCUAGCACUCAUUAUCAAUAUAAUCGUUAAAAUUUUUUAUCACCAUCAUCAUCAUCAUCAUCAUCAUUAUCAUUAUAUCGUCACCGUGAUCAUUAUCGUCAUUGUCAUCGUCAUCAUAAGUGGUUAGAGCAUUCAAAUUAAGACUCGGAGGGUCCUGUCGUGAGUUCGAUUCUGAUCUGGAGCUCGAAAUUUUUUCAGAGCUUUCUGCUGUUAGAAUUUUCCUUUUUCCAAAUUAUCAUCAUCGUCAUUAUCAUCAUCACCGUCAUCAUCAUCAUUAUUGUUCGACUGCCUUCAAGAUAGAUGCCAUAUAGUAUUACCACAGGGUCUUAUCUCCAUUGCUCUCCCAAGUUCUUCAAAGGCUAACCCAGCUUUCCUGAGGCCAAAGAGGAGGGUUGGAGGAUGAGGCUUUCACGGCUACUUCGGCCUUUCCAAAAGUCUUGUUAAAUUGCUAUAACUUUAUCUUCUUUUUCUUUAGGGACUUACCACCUAUGUCCUUCAAGCUUCUUACAUGAACUUAAAAGUCACAGACAAUAUUUCAUUUCCUGCCGCAUCACUCAGCCUUUUUGAAAUCAGUUCGCUGCUUGUUCUUAUUCCAUUUAUCGACCGAGUGGUUUACCCAGGUCUGCGACGUCUUGGUUUUAAUUUUACCCCACUGCGCAGAAUCGGCGUUGGGUUGCUGUUUGCCGCGGGCUCAGUUGUUAUGGCAGGGGUUAUUGAAGUUGAAAGAAAACAUAUUAUAAAGACGCAUGGAACGUUUGAGCAAGACGUGUUUGAUAAAACCGUGAAUGCAUCCACAAUGAGUGUGUUUUAUCAAGUUCCUCAGUACAUUCUACAGGGAACAAGCGAGGCUCUAGUAGGCGUUACAGGUAACAGUUCACAGUAGUAGUCUUUAAAAACUUUCGUCCUUUAGACUCACCACAAGUUUAAGAAAUAACGUUUCUUACUCAAUAAAAGAAGGAGGUAGUCAGCAAAGGAAAUAUUAAGGUUUAAAAUUGAAGCCUGCCUUUAACUGAUCAGUCGUGUCAAUUGAAGAUAUUCAGUGUUGUCGGUUCUGCUCUGGAAAACCUGGAAAGUCAUGGAAUUUAAGCUUUUCAUUUUCCAGGCCUGGAUAAUCAUGGAAUUUAACUGUUGGUCUUGGAAAGUCGUGCAAAUUUAGUUUUGUUUGAUGCAAGGUAAUGACAAUGUAAGUAAUAAAGAGAAGUAAUUAUCCAGCGCAAACGGUAGACCUUGCAGUGGACACCAGAGUUGUUUGUGUCUGUUGAACUCUCGUAAGGUCCAAAAAAUCUUCUAAAACAAGGAAAGUUUUAAAAAUUUUUGAAAGUGACAGCUAAACCUAAGGUUUGGAAAACUUAAAAAGGUUAUGGGAAAAGUUAUGGAAAGUCAUGGAAUUUGAAGAGCUGAAAAGAGUACGAACCCUGGCUUCUGUUGGAGAGAUCCCGAGUGCGAUUCUCUGACCUUAAGCCCUUGUUUCCACUUCUUUCCUUUCCGUAUAGCUUCCAGUAGCUUAAUUACAUUCUGAACGGAGCGCUGAUGGAGAGAGGGGGUAAAUUGAGCGCAACGUCGGCGUCAGCUUUAUUAGUCGCCAGAUGGUGACUAUUUCGAGUUACCGAAGAAACCUUUGUGUUUGUUUAUCAUUAACACUGAACAUAACCUCCUCUCACCCCUCCCUCCCUAUCCUUUACCACCGGCAAGUAAUUUAGCAUCGUUUCUUUUCUUUUUUUUUCAGGUCUCGAAUUUGCUUAUUCUGAGUCCCCUACCUAUAUGCGCGGAGUAGUUAUGGGUUUGUGCCUAGCAAUGAUUGGUUUGGGUUACUACGUAGCUUCAGCGUUGGCUUCCAUUGUUAAACACGCAUCAUAUGGUGAUUGGUAUCCUGAAGACCUCAACAAGGGAUUUAUGGAAUACUACAUGUUCCUGUUGGCGGGACUUAUGCUGGUUAAUGCUGUUGUAUUCCUGUUGAUAGCUGUCAAAUAUCGAUAUGCUAAUUAUGAUGAAGAAAUGACUUAUCCGGAAAAUCAAGAUAGAAACUUGCGUAAAGGAAGUCCAAAUGAUUACCAGAGUAUAAGCGAAGAUCCUUAGUUACGUAAAGCUGUGGUGAACAUUUCUCUUAUUGAUGCAUCACGCUUUUAUAUCUAAGGAACUUGUCAAUUAGGAUUUCAAAUGAUUAAAUAAGAGUGUUUAUAAAAUCGUUCCAGCCGACGAUUUGUUCGCAGAGUCAUUGCAGUCAUGCCGGUUACUUAGGAAGUUUAAGUAUUCACAACGAUCAAAAGAUUUUUAUGCUAAAAAAUCAUAAUAAAGAUUUCAUUACAAAACAUGUGUAACUUAGGUGUAACUUAAAGAAAUAAAGGAAUUUACCACAUUAAAGGUUUUUUCCUCCGGCUCCUCUUCAACCCAAAUGUCAACAGUUAGUUUUAUAACUCUUUGUGAAGGCAAAAGAUGUGAAAAUUUGGACAAAAGAGCGCAAAAUUUCAUCCAAUUCGGUUUGGCGUGAUAUGCUUUUAAAAGGAAAUGCAAUUUAUUUUGACUGUCCUUCUUGUUCUUUUAUUGUUAUAAAAUAAACAUUUACCUGCAAGUCAAAUCUUUGUUGGUACAUUACAUUUGAGUAUGAGACUCGAGCCUCUACUAACGGGCAGUCUCGGUUCAUUUAACGGCAUACAGAUUUUCAUACAGAUUUGAAUGUACAGUAAAAACCCGUGACUAAGAACCUGGUUUUUAAGAACCUGUUAGGCUAAAAUUUGCCCUUAGGCUCCCUCUAUACAAGAACCUGUUUAGCCUAAAAUUUACAACGGGUUCUUAUUUUUAAAAUUUUUUUUGUACACUCGGAAAUCAAGGACCUAAAUUUUACAACACCUUAAACACCAACAUCAUCAACGCUUCCUCACCUUUAUCCUUUAAAAGAGCACUUAAGGCAUUUAUUUGUAAUAAUUAUUAGUAUACUUCAACAAAAAUCUUGGGAAAAAGCCUUUAAUAUUCAACAUUUGUACAUGUAAACUUCCGUAAUAUUGAUUAGUUUAAUUUUUCACCUGAUAUUAUACUGUACCCGUCGCCGUAAUUUUUAUGCCAUCUUCGAAAAAUUGUAAUUGAGGAGGCCUAAUUAACAUAAGCUCUAUAGUUUCUUUUAGGCCUCCUCGCCAUCUCUUCCUACAUUUUUUUUUUUCUUUUGGCAUCUUUAAGUAAUGUAAUUGUGUGGCAAAUAAAUAAAAAUACCUAAAAAAAAAAAUACCUAGGAUAAGUCAACAUUCAGGGUCCCCUUGGGAGACUUAAGUGCCUUAUCACCCCAACUGGAACGUAUUGGUAUGCAGAUUUUAUGCAAAGAAUAAGAUGAACACCACUAAAUACUCUUAGCUACAAAUAUUUAUUUUUCCUUAAGAAAAUAAAAACCUAUUUAAGAACCUAAAUAGCCUAAAUUUGUCCUUAUUACCAUUUAUAUAAGAACCUAUUUAGGCUUACUUAGGAAAAAGGAGGUUCUUAGUCGCGGGUUUUUACUGUACUAUUUUUGCUUGGGUUUGUUUACAGCGUAUUUUUACUGAGUUGUGUAACCAUACGCUUUUAUAUUUUUAACGCUAAACAUGUUCUAAAUGUCCCUUAAAAAAUGGUGUCACAUCACGCCUCUGCGUACCUCCCCAUUCGUCAGACAAAGUGAAACGAUAGUUGGUCUGAUAUCAACUCAGACGUCUUUAUAUGCUUCCCGAUAACAUACACCUAACUGCAUUAACUUUGUUAUACAAGAAACGUGAAAAAGGAAAAUAGGCUUAUACGAAUAAAUUAGCCUUGCAAAUUACAUAUUGAUAUUUUAAUAAUAAUAAUAAUAAUAAUAAUAAUAAUAAUAAUAAUAAUAAUAAUAUUUGUUUAUUUCCACCAUUCGCAGAUUUCUCUGGGGGAUGAUUACAGGUAGGGUCAGGCAAAGCACUUACAAACAUACAAUUAUACAUAUAAAUAUAUAAAUAUAAAAACAUAAAUAUAAUAAAGCAGUAAUAUGGUAGAAAUCGCAUACACAUUAUUACACACAAUCGAUAUACGGCGAAUAUUUAACUGACACGAAUUCUGAGAACCGGUCAGUUCGGCCGGGUAACACAUGGCCUGAUGGUCCUGACCUCAGUGAAUACGAGGAUUGCGACGAGAUGACCCUGCUGGAUAUUAGGCGGUAAAGCGGGCUAGCGUGCAUAGUUUCCGUCACAAAUUUCUGAGGGUCUCAAUGGGGUUAACCGAUAGGCGUAAACGGGCAAAAAAUUUAGUCGAUAGCCGUAAAAAUUGAAAAAUUUUAACCGUUAGCCGUAAAUAGGAUAAAAAAGAGUUAACCGUAAAAGAAAUUGUUCCCUAGAUUUGCUACUUUUAAGGAAGGUACUAAACUCACUUAUGGUUACGUUUUUUGUUUCCCGGCCGGCUAUUGUGACUCCGUACGCACGUUAGGUAAAUCCAUAGCGAAAGUGUGGCUUCUUGCUGGGGAUCAAUAUUUGCGAUUUUCAGAAGGUCGUGCCCUCGAAACUAGUGAAACAACACGCAGAGAUCUCACUGUUUGUAAAGCACGUUGCCGAUAAACAACAUUUCCCUGUUUUUCUCUGACGCUACGGUAGACAUUGCCAUGCCAUGCCUAGUCCCUGUACGGCGUCUUCCCACGCAGUCUCGGUCAAGGCAUUUCGGUGGCGAACUCGCUCGGACCAGGUGACCCGAAACGCAGUAGCCGCGCGAAAUAAUGAGGCCUACGGACAAGGCAACGGCUGCCGCAGUGGUUCCGUACAGUCCUUCGCUAUCAUUAAAAACACUGGACACGGGAAUUUUGUUAUUGGCCGUUUUCACACUAGAGCUAGAAACGGAUUAUCCGUCUGAGACUAGCCUGUGUACAGUCGCCCCCUUCCGCCUUCCAGACAGACACCCCUAAUCCGAUUUUUUUCUGAGGGGAGGGGGCGGCUGUACACAGGCUAUCUGGAACGAAUAAUCCCUUUCUUCAAACUGUCCGUCGAAAUUAAAGGACAAAGUCAGGCGGAUUGUUCAUUCAAAAUUAAAACUAUUCCAUUUUCAAAUUAAGACGUAUUUACCUAUCUGACGCGAAUCAUCAAACGGAUAACCCGUCUCACACGAAUAAUCCUCCGUCUCUAGUGUGAAAACGGCCAUUUCUGUUGUAAUGAAUGUCGCGCCCCGGCCUUGAGUUGGACGUUCGCGCGUGUGCUUUGCUUCUUCACAAAGAUUAUUUUUAAAUUGACUAUUGACAUUUCUAUGUGUAAAAUAAUAUUAGAAGUGGAAUACUUUAUAAAAAGUACGAUCUAUCAAAUGUUAAAAUUUUUCAAAAGAAUAGCUUGUUUCACAUCCCGAGAUGAUCUAAAGACCUUUAUUUUGCUUUAAAGAUACAAAAAAUACAGAUUAAUUAAUAUUUAACUUUUUGAAACAAAAGAAGUUAAUUUUUAACUUUUUUGUUAACCGUAACUUAAAAAAAUUAGCCGAUAGCCGUAAAAGAGCACAAAUUUUAGCCGAUAACCGUAAAUACCACCACCCCAUUGAGACCCUCAUUUCUUGCACGCCAGGUGGCGUCUGGCCUCUAGAGACAGAAGCCCGGCACGCGCGAGGGUGUCCUCGUAGCUCAAGUCAGGACCAAAGAUGAUUCGUAGGGCUCUCUUUUGCACUCUUUCUAAAGCCAUGCAGAGAUACUGCGGUAAAUUUGCAAAAACUACCGAUGCAUACUCUCGAACAGAUCUAAGUAGGGAGCAAUACACAGCCACCAACUCCCCAUCUUGCACCCCACAAGCUUUCAGUUUUCUUAGAGCAUAAAGGCGGCGGUUUGAUUUCUUUAUUAUAUAGUCGCAAUGAGUCGACCAGCUGAGGUCCGAGGAAAUGUACACCCCGAGGAGCUUAAACGAUUCCACCGAUUCAAUAACAGAACCUCCUACCACUAUUGGUUGACUGUAGCAACUAUUAUAAUGCAAAAAAUCAACCCGCAUCAGCUUGCACUUACUAGGGUUCAACUGCAUGUUGUUACAAUGAGCGAAGCUGUUAACGUCAUUUACAAGGUAUUUCAUUACAGACGGAGAGUUGCGAGGAAUUACCUCCAAUAUUGUUGAUAACCCCGAGGUCACCUGGCCAAGUUUCUAAUCAGUUGAGUUUUAUAGGAAAGACAAAUUGGCCUCUGAUCUGUAAAGGAUUUCAGCCUAACCCUUAAUGUUGUGAGAGUGGCGUGCCUAAUUUAAUUUAUUCCUAUUUAGCUUUUUCCAAUUUUUUUCUUUUUUUCUGUGACAAAGUUGUUUCAGUUUAGGUUACUUUAAACCAAAGACUUUAAUAUGCUACUUGUACACUGAUGUAUAGCCGAUAUUUUACAGUUUAAUAAACAAAGUAUCGUACACUUUAUAGGUAACUCAUAGUCUAGGAAAUUGAGAUUAAUGAAAUUUGUUCACCAGCGGGCGUAUCCACUGUAUAUGAAUUUAAUAAAACUGCACUUUACCAAAGUUUUAUUUUUGAAGAGAACGUUUUGGAAGCUUGCGUGACUUACAUGUUUUAAAUAGAUGGUAUUUGUUCCUAGGUGCGCGUCAGUUGCCGUUAUUAGAUGCCGUGACGGGCUCUUCCGCAUCGCUGCAUCAGCCGAUCCGAACCUUUAAUUUCGUUGAAGUCUGUGUACCACGAAUCUCGUCAUUCGUGGCAGAUUUAAAGUAGGUUUGUUACCUUUUAAAGUGAAUCUGCUUCCCGCUAAUAUUUGUUUUUGAGUAAUGUUAAUAUAAUGUGAACGAUAUCGAUGUCAUAUACAUGUUUUUGCCUAAGGGAAAACUUCACUAUGGCGGACGGCGAUGGUUCUCCAUUGAUCCAAGCUGAAAGAGAGCAUGAAGAAGCAGACAGCAACAGCGAAGUUGAAGACGGUCCAGAUUCAGUAGAACAACCCUCAAGGAUGAGAACCAGAUACCUUGUGGUACUGUGCAUUCUGUUUGUCGAGCUUUGCGAGCGUCUAACUUUCUACGGUGUGGCCGCCAAUCUGGUGUUUUAUUGUAAAGAUAUUCUCAAGUUGACCUCUCCAUUACCCAGUACAAUUACUUUGGCUUUUCAAGGUAUAAUAGGUGUUUUUCAGAAACAUUUUAAUUAAUUGCAUUCAUUUUCUGAACUGAGCAGUGAACAAAACUUAAGCCUUUAAUAGUUGCGAAAGUUUCGAUUUCUUUCAUAACCAGCUAGUCAUGCGAGCCUCUGGACAAGGGGAGGUAAUACAUAGAAGAUGACAAGGGAGCUCCUUUUACUGUCUAAAUUGUCUUUACAUGUCUUGUCAAAUCAUAAUUAACUUGCACUCAGACCAAAUUUUACUUUACUGAACAGCACUGUGAUAUGCCGUCUUAUGUGGUUCGCGUUAACCGUACCAAGCGAAACCAAAAUGUGAUUUGAUCACGAGUUACGUCUAAACCAAAAAUAGAUCCUCUCUUUUUUAUAGGACGCGCUCAGGCAAGUGUUCCCACAGUAAGCCCAAGCUUGAAAUAUCAACCUCUGCGUGGCUGUGUAACCUUCGAAAUAUAUGAAUUUGGUUGGGGCAAACUUUUGUUUCGGUAACAUUUACAUAAUAUGGUUUUCAGUUUAAGCAACACAACAAAAUAAAAGCUAAAAAAUAAGCCCCGGGCCUUAUAUUUUUCAAUGGCCCUUUUUGAGGGGCUUAUUUUUGGAGGGGUUUACAUUCGGAGGGGCUUAUCUCCGGAGGGAAAUUUGCGUUUUAGAAUCGAUUGGGCUAGCCUUAUAGUUGGAAGGUUGGAAGUUAUUUUACCGUUUUACUUUGUCUUGGGGGCAAUUUUCCAAGUCCAACCCCCGGCGCGGGGGGCUUAUAUUUGGAGGGGCGAUUUAACGGAGGGGUUUUUGCGUUACCGGUUUGAGGAGCUUAUAUUUGGAGGAGCUUAUACACGGAGGGGCUUAUUUUCGGAAUUUUACGGUAACUGGCUGAGUGCUGAAGGUAUGUCUCGCUAUUAAAAAAAAUAUAUUUCUCCUAGGUACAUGCUUUUUCACUCCUUUAAUAGGUGGAUGGUUAGCUGACACCCUACUUGGACGCUAUAAUACCAUAUAUGGCUGCUCGCUGCUUUAUAUUGUCGGCACCAUUCUCCUCACGGCUACAACUUACAGCUACCCACCGACCUAUGCUCUGAGCAUGUCAAGUAAAGAAGGAUUUUUAGGCGUGUCACUCAUCCUUAUUGCCAUAGGAACAGGGGGAAUCAAGGCCAACGUUUCUCCAAUGGGCGCAGAUCAAGUUAAGGAGCAAGGAGAACAAAUGGUGCAGAAAUUCUUUGACUGGUUUUACUGGUUUAUCCAGAUUGGUGCGUUACUUGCUUACACCAUUGUUGUAUACGUUCAACAAGAAGUGUCAUUUUUCUACGGUUAUCUAAUAGCAGUGGUUUCAAUGACUUUAGCAACCAUUCUGCUGCUUUUUGGAAGAAACAGCUACAAACUUCGGCCACCAGAGGGGAGUUACGUAACAGACACCUUGCGUAUAAUAGGCAAAGCCCUGCAGGAAAAAUUACGCUGCAAAAAGUCUUUGCUUUCGGUGAAUCACUGGCUUGAUACGGCAAAGAUAACAAAAGGAGGAAGUUUUCCCGAGGAGAAGGUUGAAGGUGUGAAAUCUGUGGUCCAACUGAUGCCAAUUUUUUUAACUUUUAUAUUCUACUGGACAAUAUAUGGGCAGGUAGGAGCAAUUAAUUUUUAUCUUUUCUUGAGUAUUGGGCAAGAACGGGGGUAGGGAUGAAAUAACGGCUCCUUGACAACUGGACAAACAAACGAUUUGAAUUAUUCGAAAUUAUUUUAGUAUAGAAGCAUCUGAUUGCAGGCCGUAUAAGUAGAAAAGAGAAAGAUCCUCUUAAGGAUCUUUAAAUGCCCUAAUGGUAGCCAAGUAAAGAAGGCCAUGACUUUUUUCGUUAUUUGAAUUGCGUUUCCCUGAUUCUUCUAUUUUCUUUUUCUUCAGGGCCUAACCACCUAUGUCCUUCAAGCUUCUUACAUGAACUUAAAAGUCACAAACAGUUUUUCAUUUCCUGCCGCAUCACUCAGCAUUUUUGACGGCGUUUCGUUGCUUGUUCUUAUUCCAUUUAUCGACCGAGUGGUUUACCCAAGUCUGCACCGUCUUGGUUUUAAUUUUACCCCACUGCGCAGAAUCGGCGUUGGUAUGCUGUUUGCCGCGGGCUCAGUUGUUAUGGCGGGAGUUAUUGAAAUUGAAAGGAAACACAUCAUAAGAACACAUGGGACAUUUGAGCAGGACGUGUUUAAUAAAACCGUGAACGCAUCCACUAUGAGUGUGCUUUAUCAAGUGCCUCAGUACAUUCUGGAAGGGACAAGCGAGGCUCUGGUUGUAGUUACAGGUAAACGUUAGAUAAUUACUGCCAACAGCUUUGUUACAAACCUGAUAUCAGCUCAAAUCAAUUAUGAUUGUUCCUGAUGGAUAAAACCCACAACAAUAUCUAAAAGGUUCAUCUUCUCUUUAUUGCUCCACCGUAGCGUCCGAGCUUUUACCCUUCACCUUUUCCUGAAAAACUGGAGGUUGAUAGGCUGAUCCAGGCAAACAGCUCUCUAAAGGCGCUUUUAAGCCCCUGAAAGAAGAGUCAUACGAUUUUUUUCAGUACAAAUUGAAAAUCCAAUGGAAAUAGCAGAAGGGCUGCCAAAGCCUAGCUAUAAAACACCAACGCAGUCUGAAAGUGUCGUAGAAUGAAUGAAAGCUGGAUUAAACUUGAAAACACCAGGUAGUUCUACCCCUGGUAAUAAAAUUAUGGUUGACAUAUUUUUAACGUCAGCUUAGUGGUGAAAUUUCUGAUUCUCGGCCUAUUUGCAAAAACCUAACCUCAGAAACCCGGGGGGCGGGUGGUACUUGUGUCAGGUUUUGCUGGAUAUGUGCCGCUCGCUGGCCGCAUAGAAUCCUUUGCCCAUUAUUCAAGUCUAUUCCGGAGUAGAAAUAUGUGCAAUGUUGUGAAGAGGUGUAUGAUUUCUUUUCCACGUAACCUCCUCUUACUUCAGAUACAGGGGGAAAUUAAUAUGUAACUGAUGUUUCUUUUUAGGUCUCGAAUUUGCUUAUUCCCAGUCCCCCGUAGACCUGCGCGGAGUAGUUAUGGGUGUGUGCCUGGCAAUGACUGGUUUUGGUUUCUACGUGGCUUCAGCGUUAGUUUCCAUUGUCAAAAAGGCAUCAGAUGGUGAGUGGUAUCCUGAAGACCUCAACAAAGGAUCUCUGGAAUACUACAUGUUCCUGUUGGCGGGACUGAUGCUGGUGAAUGCCUUUGUGUUCUUUUUGUUAGCAGUGAAGUAUCGCUAUGCUCAUCAUGAUCGAGAAAUAAUCUUUGCGGAAAGUCAACAUGGAGACUUUAGCGAGGAACGUAUAAUCCGGUAAAACCCGGGUUGCAAUUAAAGUCCUUAGUUGACCUUAGUUACACUUAAUUAAAAGGCCUCCAUUUAAGGACCUUGCUCAACUCAUCCUUUAAUGAAGUACUGUCGAUAGCCUUCGUGGAAGGCAGGAAAAAGAGGAUAGGAUGGAGGUAUAAGUCCUCUCUUUUUUUCCUUUUCUCCCCGCCCCUUUCGUCUCCUUCCACGCAGGCUAUACUCUUAAAGAAGAUCCACACACUUUCUGAUGCAUGAUAACUGGUUUCUGAAUCCUUACUCGACAGAGUGAGAGAGCUCUGAAACCAAAUGUCUGUUUAGGUCAGCCUCAAACUCACAGAGUUCUUCCUUAAUGAGGUCUCCAUCAAUGAGCGUGAGUUAACAACUGAAAAGUUUUGAAUAGAGGGGCCUUUUUAGAAACCUUGAUUUAACUAGAGAUAGCCUGCAAGCAAGCUCUCCUAUUUGGGCGAGUGAAGCGAGUCUCGCGAGAACGUUCUCGCGACGCUCACUUCGCUUGCCCAAAUAGGAGAGCUUGCUUGCUGGCUAAAUUUUAUGAGAGAUCGUUGCAAGCUCUCCUUUCCUUUGCCCCUCUCUCUCGCGUUCUCGCGAGGCUCACUUCGCUUGCCCAAAUAGGGCUAAACUAGUCUUCGCCUAGUCUCAACCCAAAUGUCUUGAAACUCCAGCUGUGUUUAGCCUGUAAUCUGACGUCUCUCCUCGCUUCCUGCCGCUAAUGAACGCCCCUAAUGAAGCGGAACGACGAAAGACGGCUGUAUUCGCAGGCUAAGUUGCGUUCCAUAGGGUCGUUUAUCCUUGCUAAAGAUGUAGGGACAUCGACAUACUAGGACUGAAUAAAAUUUCCUUAUCAGUUAAAUUGAAUGCUCGUCUGUGUGUGUUAGUUUUAGUACAACCGCAAAUAUAGCAAGAACGAGAGCAGCAAC